AUGGAGCCGAAAAGAGUCGCUGUGCUCUACCAAGCCAUAGAUCCUCCUGUCAUUAACGGAGUGCGCAAGCCGAUGAAGCCUGGUGGAUACCGCGACUCAGGGGCCGAUAUCGCCUUUAAUCUCCAAGCCAGCAAGUCUGUUACGGCGAUCACUCCAGUCUCAACGCCCUCGCCAGAGAAAGAUACCGAGUGGUGCUUCCCUGAUACCGAAGAGGGGAUUUUAGACGCUGUCAAGAAGGGAGCGACAUAUCUCUGGGCCAACACAAUCUUGUUCGCAUCUCAUCCGAUCCAGGUUUCUAAAUCCCUUGGAAGUGUCCAAGAUACACUCAAAGUCAUUGGGCAUGGGCCUCUCGUUGUUGAAAAGUACGACGACAAGGAAUAUGUGAAUGAUUUGCUUCGCCGGAUCGGUGGCUUUACGAUGCCUCGCUACUGGACAAUCCAUUCCGACCCAGCGGUAGCAACAAAGAUUGAGCAGCUCGAACUGCCGUUUCCGAUCGUCGCAAAACCCAUUAGAGGACGGGGAAGCCACGGCGUUCGAGUCUGCCAAACACUCGAGGAUCUCACCGUCCACACCAAAGUCCUCUUCCAAGAGUCACCGAGCAUCAUGUUGGAAGAAUACCUCUCUGGCGAAGAAGCCACGGUAACCGUGAUGCCUCCCAAUGGAGAGAGAAAAGACUACUGGUCCUUGCCCAUCGUUACGCGUUUCAAUCAUCAAGAUGGGAUUGCGCCUUACAACGGCGUGGUGGCGGUUACUGCCAACUCGAGGGUAAUCACAGAAAAGGAGGAAGAGGAUCCUACGUAUGGACGGAUCGCCAGGGAGUGUGAGGCAGCAGCGAGGAUAUUGGGCGUCGCGGCUCCCAUUCGCAUCGAUGCGCGACGUUUUUCCGAGACUCCUGGGUCCGACUUUGCUCUCUUUGACGUAAACAUGAAGCCGAACAUGACCGGUCCCGGGAGACCUGGGCGAGAUGAUCAGGCGAGCUUAACACUUCUGGCAGCUGAAGCGCUCGGAUGGGACUACCCGGAGCUGUUGAGGCAAAUUUUGAACACAUCGUCAACUCUGAAAACACUGAGGGAAUUGAAGCCAAGGGAAAACUAA